CUGUACAAUUAGUCGCUGCAAGAGACUCGUUCCGCAACCAUGAGAUUAUUGCCUGUGAUCGCGAUCGUGUUUUGCGCUUUGAGCGCCAAGCCGCUCCAAACGGAAAGUGCGAAGAUUUUGGCAACGCUGCCGUUUCCGGGUCGAUCGCAGUACAUAUUUAUGGAGAGCUACUUGAAAGCCUUGGCAGCUAAGGGUCACCAGGUGACCGUUAUCAAUGCCUUCAAGAACAAGGAGACGCCAAACAUGCGCUUUAUUGAGGCACUCAAAGCGCACGACUUUGCUGAAGAGAUGAUGAGUUUGCUGAAUGUGCCUCUAUUGUGGCAGCAACUCAAUGCCAUGGAUUACAUAUUAAACAAAUUCAUCGAUACAACAAUGGAGGACGAGGGUGUCCAGAAGCUACUUAACUCGGGAGAAACUUUCGAUCUGGUGCUGGCGGAGAUGGUCCAAAUGGAACCACUGUACGCUCUUGCCCAGCAUUUCAAUGCCACUUUAGUGGGAUUCUCCAGCUUUGGAACCGAUAGAACAAUUGACGAGGCAGCUGGAAAUAUAUCACCCAUAUCAUACAACCCGCUGGUGACCUCUCCUCGAACCGAUCGGAUGACCUUUCUGGAGCGCUUGGAAAACCACUACGAUGUCAUUGUGGGGGACAUUCAUCGGCACUUCGUUCAUCUGCCACAUAUGAGAAAGGUUUUCAAAAAGUAUUUCCCGAAUGCAAAGAAAACCAUGGAGGAAGUCAUGGAUAGUUUUUCGUUGAUUCUGCUGGGCCAGCACUUUUCUUUGAGCUAUCCGCGACCCUAUUUGCCCAACAUGAUUGAGGUCGGAGGAAUGCAAAUCUCGCACGAGCCGAAACCACUGCCAGAAGACAUUAAACAGUUUAUCGAGGGUUCACCACAUGGUGUUAUAUACUUCUCCAUGGGCUCCAAUGUAAAGAGCAAGGAUCUGCCACAGGAAACUCGAGAUACGCUGCUGAAGACCUUUGCCAAAUUGAAGCAGCGAGUGCUGUGGAAAUUCGAAGAUGACGAGAUGCCUGGAAAGCCAGCUAAUGUGCUGAUCAAGAAAUGGUAUCCCCAGCCGGAUAUUCUGGCCCAUCCGAAUGUGAAGUUGUUCAUCAGCCACGGUGGCCUGCUGAGCAGUACCGAAACCGUUUACUUUGGCAAACCCAUCCUGGGAUUGCCGUGCUUCUAUGAUCAGCACAUGAAUGUGCAGCGCGCCCAGCGAGUGGGCUUCGGCUUGGGCUUGGAUCUGAAUAAUCUGAAGCAGGAGGAUUUGGAAAAGGCCAUUCAAACGCUGCUCACCGAUCCGAGCUAUGCCAAAGCAUCCUUGGCCAUUUCCGAGCGGUAUCGUGAUCAACCGGAAUCAGCCGUCGAUCGUGCUGUCUGGUGGACGGAGUACGUAAUCAGGCACAAUGGUGCUCCACACCUGCGAGCAACUUCCCGGGAUCUCAACUUCAUUCAACUGCACAGCUUGGACACUUUCGCUGUGAUACUGGCCGUACCUCUACUAGUCGCUCUGUUAAUCCUAAAGCUAUCUUGUAAAUUACUGAGAGGCAAGAAACAGAAGUGCCCACUUGCUGAUAAGCUCAAGAAACAUUAAAGGCUAUAUGUAUAUGUUUGUUGUUUACAAUUUUAA